AUGGCGUUACUGAGCAUCCGCGGUGAAUGGUAUUUGUACAUUUGGAUUAUAUAUCGUAAAAUCUAUUCAGCAUUUAUAUGGUUAUUCGGCAAUCAUUGCCGCGUUGAUAAGAGUCGGGCACUGAUAAGCGCGGGUGUAGCGAGACAGUCUGUUGGAGGCUUUCAGAGAGUGCGCACGCGUCGCAGGAGACAGCAGCAUCGAAAGCACGUAGUGGCAUUAGUGAGGAGACCUUCGAUCAGACGGAUAGUUAUGGCACCAGGGGCUACAGCUCACGCUAUGAUGGAGGACAAAGAAAAGAUUCUGUCCAACGUGUCAAUGCGCAGACGUCGCGUCAGUCAAUUCGCGCCAUUAUUGAUUGCACUGGUGGGUUUGCCAGCCCGCGGUAAAAGUCAACUGGCACAUCGCCUUUCCAGACAUCUCAACUGGAAUGGAGAAAGCACUAAAGUGUUCGACUGUAGCGAGUACCGUCGCCGUCACAUGGCGUUGUACGGCAGUCAUGAUAUCUUCCGGGCUGAUCACCAGCAAGGAUCCGCCAUUAGGAGGCAGAGCGCCCACGAGGCGGUUCAAGAUGCGGUGCUCUGGCUUAAGGAAGGAAAUAGCGUGGCUAUUUUCGAUGGAACCAACAUAACGAGGGAGCAACGCCGGGAGUUGAACGAAGGCAUUACCGACAUGGGCUUCAGAAUCCUAUUCAUUGAAUGCGUCUGUGAAGACCAGCAGUUGUUAGAAAGGAAUAUCAUAGAAAUAUUACACUACUCCGCGGAUUACAAGACUAUGAGUGAGGAAGAAGCUAUUGAUGAUUUGAGAAAGAAACUCGAGCAUUACAUGCGACAAUAUGAGUUGAUAGACGCGGCUAUAGAAAACAUUAGCUUCGUGAGGGUCGAGAAUAUGGGGGAAACUGUGACCGCACAUAGAGUAUCGGGACAGAAGGAAUCUGGGAUAUUAGGAUACUUAUCAGGAAUGAGGACCAUGCCACAAACUAUAUAUUUCACUAGGCACGGUGAGAGUGAAUACAACGUGUUGGGUCGUAUCGGUGGUGACGCGGCCCUCUCUCCUCGCGGGGAGAGAUACGCCCUCGCUCUAGCUGAACACUUCAACUCACUGGCGGACGUGGAGCCUGUCGCUGUAUGGACCUCCGAACUGAGGAGGACUAAACAGACAGCUGCUGGCAUACACGCGCCCAAGAGGGCUGUACGGGCGCUCAAUGAAUUGGAUGCGGGUAUAUGCGAGGGUUUGACAUACGAAGAGAUGCAAGAGCGUUUCCCUCAGGAGUUUGCGUGGAGGGAUCAAGACAAGCUGCGGUAUAGAUAUCCUUGGGGCGAGUCGUACAUCGAUAUUAUGACUAGACUACGACCUGUGUUAGCUGCUUUGCAAGAAGAACAUAACGUAGUUGUAGUUGGACAUCAAGCGGUGUUGAGAUGCAUGCUGGGAUACUUCCUGGACGCUAAGCUUGAUGAGCUACCAUAUAUGAAUGUUCCGUUGCACACCAUCGUCAAACUGACUUCCUACGGCUACAAAUACAACAUCGAAAUGAUUAAGAUGCCCAUCGACUGUGUCGACACACACAGGGUCCAACCUAAAAACUGUUCAAUCAACCGCACGCCCGACGAAGCUCUAGUAACUGUUCCCUCUCACUACGACACCCUGCCGUCCAACCUGUGGCAGGCCUCUGACACACAGCUGUAG